GCGUCCUUGGACGAUCUAGACCAUGCGAAAAUUGCCGCAGACUGUGAUCGAAAGCGACCCAUCUGCAGCCGAUGUCAAAAAAUGCUUCUCCAGUGCCACUAUUACCAGAAUCCUAACCUCGCCAACAGCACAAAUCAGGUGGGUGGCGAUACUUCUUGCAAGCCCGGUUCCUUCUCGACUCCAAAUUUGCCCGAGACUGCCCACAAUGCAAAAGAAACCAACGCGUCAUCCUCACGAGUCACCGUGGGGCCAAUGGUUCUGCCAGAGGCUCUUGACCGAAGCGCGUUCAAGGACAAGAUACUGGGAGUCUACUGGUCGAGUUACCUUCCAAAUGGGCGCUCCCUAUCCAAAGACCUGGUGAAGCACUCGCAAUUUGGGUGGACGACCGACGCACCCGAAAUAUUUAGGGAGAGGAGUGUGCUACAGCUGGUUGUGUUGACCAGCGCCGUGGCGAUGAUGGCACAUCAAACAAAAGACCAGUCCCUGCGGUAUAAAGCUCAGAGAAUGUACGGAACAAGCCUCGUUGUGAUGUCGGGCGCUAUGAAGAGCCCGGCACUGAGAAAAAAACCAAGCAUGCUCGUUGCCUCCGCCCUCUUGGGAAUCUUUGAGGCAUUCUUUGGUAUGAGAAUAUGCAAACCGUGCCCCUUCGCCUCGCAAGAGUGGAAAACAGUCCCUUUCGAGGAUAUACCAAAGUCCCCUAAAGACAUUAUCGCGGACAUCACGCUCGAGCUGCCGGAGCUCUACUCAGACCUCAAUAGUGCCAAGGCAUGUCCUAAAGACGAGGAACGCAUGGCCCAGUUGGAAAUUAUCGCGUCCAAGUCCUGGCUGCUUGACUUCCGGUUGCGAACGUGGGCCGCUACCACCGGUCUGCAGAUCCGGGAAUUCGUGAAGAGCAAGAUCUCUACCGGUUCUUCCAAUACAACCAUGUCAUCAGAGGAGUAUGCCCUGGCCAAUGUAUCCCUACUGUACUGGAUUACCUGCAUAUCGCUGUAUGAGAUACUGGAGAUGACUGGCGACACGUUCGAGUCUCCCUGGCCUGAACAUGCGAGCCCAGUCAUCUACUGCCGCGAACUCGCCGCAUUUAUUCGCUUUCUUCUCACCCCACAGGCUGGGUGUCCGGUCACCAACUUUAUCUUUUUCGCCCUGGAUGUUGCAGUUCGGUUUCUGGAAAAGAUUGACGCGGAGAGAAUCGAAGCUGAGGAGAGAGCAUCAUUGUUGCGUAUACUGAAGGCUGGGUUAGGUCGGUUAGGAUGA